AUGGGGAAUUCUUGCGGAAAUUCCAUCAGGGUUUUAACCGAUGCUGGUGAAAUCAUCGACGCUAAAGGGCCUAAACUUGCACGAGAGAUCGUGAACGAUUUUCCCGGGUAUGUUAUUUGUAGAAAAUGUGAAGCUUCGAUGUUCCCGUUAAACGGAGAUGAAUGGUUGGUUUGCGGCGGAUUUUAUUAUCUUCUCCCACUGGAAAAAGUUGGGAAUUAUGGUGGAAUCGCAGGAGGGUUGUCAUCGGCGGCGGGUUUCGUGGAGAACUUGUCAGCUAUGGAAGUGUUGCCGCGGAAGAAGAAUGGGGUUUGGAAAGUGAAACUGGUGAUUGACAGUCACCAACUGGAGGAUAUUUUUUCGGAGCAAGUGAAUACCGAGGCUUUGAUUGAGAAGAUGAGAACGGCGGCUGCAAGUUCGGCCACCGUGACGCCGAAACGGAGCAAGAGUUCUAGGGGGUGGUGGUGGUGUGCAAGCCCAGCAUUGUCAAAGCACCAUAGUAGCUGA